CUUAAGCAAGCACCGAACGCGACACCGGUUGCUGCAUGUCGACGCGGUCACGGUCAAUCGCAAACUGACGCACCUGUUGAACGGCGGAUGUCCUUUUUAUAUACUCCCUGCCUUUCACGAAAACGAAAUCAGAAAUUUCGCUUCUGCGGCGAUGGAGACUGUCCCGAUUGGGUGCUGGGUGAGAUUCACUCCAACCUGGCCCUUCUCACCACGAACCAGCUGAACGAUCUUGGGGAACAUACGGCAAAGUCAAUCCUUGGAGCGGAAAUACCGGAGAACGAAAUCAGCAAAAUCUACUCCAUCACAAAGGGUUCCAUGGAUGCACCGAAGGGCGGUAUCGCUUGUCUGAGAUUUCUGCUAACCAGUGCCUCCCGGUACAACAUGAACAGUGACGACUUCAGCACGGAACUGCAGCAGCUGGGACUGCCGAAGCAACACACGGUCAUCAUCUGUCGGUUGUUUGACGGCUACGUUCUGAAGAUACGGGCCAUGCUGCGGGAGAAAAGUUUAAGCAUCAAUCAGCUGGACACAUUUAGCUGCAGCAUUCCGAAGAAUACGAUCGACUGCAUUCAGCUGAAGAUUGGCAUACAGAACGAGCUCGUCGACGGGUUGCCAAAGAAAACGUCCCAUACGGUUAAUCUGAAUCGUAAUGAUGCGCUGCUGUUACUAAACGAGCUGAAAGCGGUCCGCGAUACGAUGGAGAGCUACAACUUUGAUAAAAAAUAUUCGACAGAAAAAUAA